CAGAUUCAUCAGUUCCUGUUCAGAGGGAUUGUGUGUGAGCUCACACUCACUCAUACACCAAGACCGAGUGCAGGAGAAACACACAGACAACCUGGCAGAGAGAAGUGCCUUCUUUUGCUGACCCCUGUGGCUGUUUGGCUCCACUGAAGCCGCCUCUGCCUCUGUGCCUGUACAUGUCUGCCGGAGUUGCCAGCCACACCAGGAGCCGCAGGACUGCUAGGACUGCCAACCCCAUUCACUGAGCCAGUCCCUACACCACUGACACCUCCCUCCCUUCAUCCCCUGCUCUGUUUGCCAGCCAGAACUCUCCAUCCAUGCCACUCGACCCUCCUCUGUGGAAGUCAACCACUCUCUCCUCUGCAGACAGAGCCUGAUGCUGAAGACAGACAGCUUUUAUCAGCUCCUGUGAGCGGAAGGAGAUUGUCUCUUUGGUGUCCCCUCCACCACAGCCUUCUCCUCCUCCUCCUUCUCUUCCUCUUUCUCCUCCUCCUUCCUUUCCUCUAGCCCUGCAUCUUUUCAUCAUGGGCCAACUCGAUCGAUAAUGUGUUUUGCCAUUCGUCUCAUCUGACAGUUCAGCCAAGGAGUGAGGCGAUAGAGAGAACGUGUGUGUGUGUGUUUGAGAGAGAGUACAAGGGAGAGAGAUUACAAAGCAAACCUCUGUGGCCAUCACCAGCUCAGGCCCUGGGUGACAGGCGGUGAAGGAUUCCUAUUACAGCCACAAACAGACUCUAAGGAUGGGCCACAGGUGGUAGGCAAGUCCCAGGCCUCAUAGGCUUCACCUCAGAGUCAGACCCUUGGGACAUAACCUCCUAAAACUGGCUUUUUCUCAUGUCAUUUACUUAUUCAUUCUUACCAUUUGUCCAAGUGUCAUUAGAAACGUGCAGACGCACACAUAAUUGCAUUUGCUGGAUACCUAUUACUCUCAAUCAACCCCUCUUGCCUGGCUCAAAAUGGCGGUGAAUGUGACACCGAUCCGGGACACGAAGUGGCUGACGUUGGAGGUUUGUCGGGAAUUCCAGAGAGGAACAUGUUCACGACCGGACAGUGAGUGCAAGUUUGCCCACCCUGCCAAGAGCUGUCAAGUGGAAAACGGCAGAGUCAUUGCCUGUUUUGACUCACUCAAGGGCCGCUGUUCCAGGGAGAAUUGUAAGUACCUGCAUCCUCCUCCUCACCUAAAGACCCAGCUGGAGAUCAAUGGAAGGAACAACCUCAUCCAGCAGAAAAACAUGGCCAUGCUGGCCCAGCAGAUGCAGCUCGCCAACGCCAUGAUGCCCGGCACACAGCUCCAGCCAGUGCCCAUGUUUUCAGUCACACCCAGCCUUGCAACCAAUGCCAAUAGUGCUGCGGCAGCGGCCGCUGCAUUUAACCCCUACCUUGGCCCUGUGUCGCCCGGCCUGAUGCCCACUGAUAUCUUGCCCAGCGCCCCAGUACUGGUCACCAGCAACCCCAGUGUCCCUGUACCAGCUGCUGCUGCUGCUGCUGCACAGAAACUCAUGAGGACAGACAGACUGGAGGUAUGUCGGGAAUACCAGCGGGGCAACUGCACACGUGGAGAGAAUGACUGUCGCUUUGCCCAUCCUUCAGAUAGUACUAUGAUUGACACCAACGACAAUACAGUCACUGUGUGUAUGGACUACAUUAAGGGCCGCUGCUCUAGGGAGAAAUGCAAGUACUUUCACCCUCCGGCUCACCUGCAGGCCAAGAUCAAAGCCGCUCAACACCAAGUCAACCAGGCUGCGGCUGCUGCAGCCAUGACUCAGUCGGCUGUCAAAUCACUGAAGCGACCCCUCGACGCAACUUAUGACCUGGGGCUCCCUCCCGUCUUGCCUCCUUUACCAAAGAGACCUGCACUUGAAAAAGCCAACGGUGCCACCACUAUGUUCAAUGCUGGCGUAUUCCAUUACCAACAGGCCCUGGCCAACAUGCAGUUUCAGCAGCAGGCCGCCUUCAUACCAUCAGGCUCGAUAUUGUGCAUGACACCUGCAACAAGUGUUGUACCCAUGAUGCACGGUGCUACUCCAGUCACUGUGUCUGCAGCCACCACAUCUGCCACAAGUGUUCCCUUUGCAACUGCAACAGCCAAUCAGAUUCCAAUAAUAUCUGCAGACCAUCUGACUAGUCACAAGUAUGUGACCCAGAUGUAGGAGUCUCAAUCAGAACAAUGGAACUGGAGUGUGCCAGUGUUGAGUCCAAGAUUAGUGGUCACCCGUCAUGCCUGUAACAUCGAGAGCAAAUCGGAGAACCAACUCUGCAUUGGUUUGGGAUAAAUCUGCAUGUAAACAUAGGAGGCACAGUUUGUUAGGGUUGUUUUCAUGUGUACUUCAUGCACACUACACAACAACAGAAGAGAACAUCAUUUACAUUAAAAGACUGCCUUUCACGCUGUAGAGGCAUAUUACCUUUAUUCACCGGACACACUUUGAAUGUUAACAUGAGGUAAACGUGUGGUGCAGUCAUCAAAUCGGCUGGAUUGGUACGUCCAUUGACCAAGAAUCAUGACUUAUUUUGUCCAUUCGUUCAUUGGUUGUUGGUCUUUGACCUAAAUGUGUUCAUUUGUUUACACAAAGGUGCACCUUGUAUUUCAGUUGAGGUAAAAGAAACAUAGAUCUGACUGAAUCACAUAUGCAUGCACAAUGAUUUUGUUAUGUAUAAUUUGAUUUUAUUAAACCAGUGAUAAGGGAAAUUAAAAGAGUGCACUCAGAGGCAAAAUAGCAACUGAAUGUCUGAGGUGUCUUUCAAACCUUUGUAGCCUAUCUUUCUAUAUCUUAAGCACAUGUCUUUAACCUUGCAGGCAUCCCUGUAAAGUGCCAUACAUCUCAAAACACAUGAAUGGUAUUUAAGCAGUGUUAAAAAGAGUUCAAUUAAAAAAUUCCCUUUAAUAUUUUCUCUCUUGGACAGCAUGU